AUGAUCCAGCAGUNCCCUAUGGCAUGGCAAAUCUAUUCCAAUUGGGAAAAAGCAGGACAACCAUUCGACGAUGAUCCAGCAGUUACAUUUGCCCUGGAAUUCAAGAAAACAUUCUCAAAACCAGAUGUCGUAAUUCAUUUCAUGGGAGUUUGGGAUUCAAUCAAUUCCGUUGGGUUCUUAAUUGAUAGACUGUUUCCUUAUUCGGUCAGAAAUUCAAAUGUUGAUCAUAUUAGACAUGCUGUAAGUAUUGAUGAACGUAGAGCAAAAUUGAAACCCCAGCUUUUCAUUUCUCCUGAAAAUGAUCAGGUUCAACAAGAUAUGAGUUGUAGUACUUGCCACUCAAGUAUAAGUACAUCAACCCUGUUUCUUUCGAUUAAAUCAUUCAGUGAGAUUCUUCUGUUUUGGACAAAGAGAAAUGGUAGAAAGAAUAAUAGAAAACAAAUUAGUCCAAUUGAUGACCUUGUUGAAAUGUUCUUUCCUGGUGAUCAUGCUGAUAUCGGUGGUGGAUGGACUGCAAAGCAUGAUCAAGUAUUGUCAAACGUAUCCAUGAGAUGGAUGUUAUCGCAAGCGGUUAAAUUCGGCGUUGUUUUCAAAUCGGGAUCAAUUCAUGAGUUUGACAAGAAGUUUCCAUCAACUUUGAGUCUUUUAUCUUUCCAUCAUGAUGCUUUAUCUAUCCAACCAUUAUUCCCUGAUGCGUGGCAAUAUCAAAUGAAAAUCGAAAAGAUCAAGAAAGAAGAUGAAACCCCCAAAGUUCCAGUUCCAAAUGCACCAGUCCAUAGAUUCAAUGGAAGAGGAGCAACUCCAUUAUGGAUCACCUUUUGCUGGUGGAUUUUAGAAUUAUUACCAAUUUUUGCUAAAAUUGAAGAUUCUUCGGGAGAAUGGAGAAGAGUGUAUACACCGAAUUUUGGUAAUCGUCGAGUACUUCCUCUUAGUUGCUUACUUCAUUGGAGUGUCUUUUAUCGACUUCAUUAUGUAUUGGAUUACAAUCCAACAAAUUUGCCAAAGGGAGAGGGUUUAUUAGGGGAAAAAUUUGCACAACUGUUGCUGCAUUUUAAUAAGGGGUUCAAUUUUAGUGAUGUUCAAAGAUACUCGGAGAAUUUAACUAUACAUAAGAUUAAGCAUGAUUGGAAUGCUGAUUUAUGGAAGAUUAUACCCGAUGAAUUGUCAGCUAUGCUUGAAGAGAAUCCAGAAUUGUAA